AUGGCUAGUCUCCUGUUCAUAGCUGUGGCCGUCUCAGCGGCAGCUAUUGUGAAGAGAGAUUACCCGAGUGGUGACCCUCUCGCAACAUGCCCGGGCUACAAAGCAUUGAAUGUGCAAACUUCUUCGUCGGGAUUGACGGCAGACCUCACUCUCGCGGGGGAUUCAUGUGACGCCUAUGGCACCGACUUGAUAGACCUUACUUUGGAAGUGUCUUACGACACGGCAAACAGGAUCCAUGUUAAGAUCCAAGAUGCUGCCAACAGUGUCUACCAAGUCCCAGUAUCUGUAUUCCCUCGACCAGAAGUCGGAGGAAGCACUGCGGCUGAGUCUACGUUGGCCUUCAACUACACCGAAGAGCCAUUCACUUUCACUGUCUCGAGGGCAGAGUCUGGAGAGGUACUCUUUGAUUCUUCUGCUGCCAGUCUAGUCUUCGAGUCUCAAUAUCUACGCCUAAGAACCAAGCUUCCAGAGGAUCCCUACCUGUAUGGUCUCGGAGAACACUCGGAUCCGUUCAGACUGAACACCACCGACUACAUCCGUACUAUCUGGUCUCAGGAUUCAUACGCAGUACCCGAAGGUUCCAACCUUUAUGGUAACCAUCCUGUGUAUUACGAGCACCGGUCUUCGGGUACGCAUGGAGUCUUUCUGCUCAACUCAAACGGCAUGGAUAUCAUGGUCAAUAGCACUGAAGAAUCUGGCCAGUAUCUCGAAUACCACACUCUGGGCGGUGUGCUUGAUUUUUAUUUCAUUGGAGGCCCAUCUCCAGCCGAGGUUGCUCAGCAAUACGCUGAAAUAGUCGGUCUACCGGCAAUGCAGCCGUAUUGGGGAUAUGGUUUUCACAAUUGCCGUUAUGGGUAUCAGGAUGCUUUCGAUGUCGCCGAAGCUGUCUUUAACUACAGCCAGGCCGAGAUACCCCUCGAGACGAUGUGGACAGACAUCGAUUACAUGUACCGUCGCCGGGUAUUUUCCUUAGAUCCUGACAGGUUUCCUUUAGCGAAAAUGCGGGAAUUGGUCGAUCACCUGCACGCACAUGACCAACAUUAUGUCGUCAUGGUCGACCCUGCGGUGGCUUACCAAGAUUUCCCAGGAGCCUUUCAACGAGGUGUAGAAGACGACAUUUUUAUUCUUCGAGAGAAUGGUUCCGUGUGGAGAGGUGUCGUGUGGCCUGGAGUUGCUGUCUUCCCUGAUUGGUUUAGUCACAAUAUCACUAAUUAUUGGAACAAUGAGUUUGCCAUGUUCUUCUCCGAAUCUGAUGGUGUAGAUAUUGACGCCUUGUGGAUCGACAUGAACGAGCCAUCCAACUUUCCAUGCUACUUUCCCUGCGCCAACCCCGACGCUGCAGCGAUCGGGUUCCCGCCGGAACCACCUGCAGUUCGGACACCGCCAAGGCCUCUGCCCGGUUGGCCAUGCGAUUUUCAACCGGCAGGCACCGAAUGCAAGCGGUCGGAGGAAACAAUAUCACUUGCAAUCCGUGACGGUAUCCCGGAAUCACGUUAUGACCAUCUAGUCAUGACCGAGCGCCAAGACGAAGGUCAACAGCUCGGCUUGCCUGGUCGCGACUUACUCUUCCCCAAAUAUGCUAUUCAUAAUAAGGCCGCCUACCAAGAUGACUGGAAUGCAGAAGAAGGUGGCAUAAGCAACAAGACGGUGAACACCGAUUUGAUUCAGCACAAUGGGCUUUCCCAAUACGAUACUCACAAUCUUUACGGUUCGAUGAUGUCUACAGCAUCUCGGGAAGCCAUGCUCGCGCGGCGACCAUCGUUGCGACCCAUGGUCAUCACCCGAUCGACUUUCGCCGGUGCCGGGGCAAAAGUAGGCCAUUGGCUCGGCGACAAUCUGUCGACUUGGUGGCACUACCGUCUGGUAAUCCGGAGCAUGAUGUCGUUCGCGGCCAUCUAUCAGAUUCCCAUGGUUGGUGCGGACGUGUGCGGCUUCAGUUCAGACACGACGGAGCAGCUUUGCGCUCGAUGGACCGCCCUAGGCGCUUUUUCUCCCUUCUACCGUAACCAUAAUGAUCUUAGUAGCAUCCCGCAGGAGUUCUACCGCUGGAAGUCUGUCACAGAGGUUGCAAAGAAGGUUAUCGAUAUUCGGUACCGUCUUAUUGACUACAUGUACACCGCUCUCCACCACCAGAGCGUGGACGGAACUCCCUCGGUCAACCCAAUGUUUUAUCUUUAUCCGGAAGACGAGACGACUUGGGAUUUGGAACUGCAGUAUUUCCUCGGCCCGGGACUGCUAGUCGCGCCAGUGACGGAUGAGAAUGCAACCAGCGUCGACGUCUACUUGCCAAACGAUGUUUUCUAUGACUUCUACACUUAUGAAAAGGUGGAGGGCAAUGGUGUGCAUAUCACUGUCACAGAUCAGGGCUGGUCCGACAUCCCGCUCUACAUCAAAGGGGGCAUCGUAAUUCCCCUGAGAACCAAGUCCGCGAUGACGACAACAGAGUUGCGAAGGCAAGACUUCGAAAUCCUCGUUCCGCUGGGUGCCGACGGAAACGCCAGCGGGGAGCUGUACCUGGACGACGGUGUCAGCCUCGAGCAGAAGGGCACCACGCUGAUUAGUUUUUCUUAUAAGAAGGGGGUUCUGACCGCGUCGGGCCAGUUCGAAUACGAUACGGAUAUCAAGAUUGCGAAGGUGACAUUCUUGGGACUGUCUCAGGAGCAUGGGGUGGAGAAGAGGUUCAAGGUCAUGGGGAAGAGGGCUGAGGCGGUUGUGAAUAAAUACUCUACGACAGUAGUUGUUGAUAAGCCCUUGACUGGUGCUUUUACGGUAGAGGUCUCGUAG